GAGAGAGGCCUCCAAUUGGUCUGCUUGCAGAAAAUUGGGCGCGUCCGCUUGAGGCUUGUAGACAAUGCUAGAGCACAUCUUGUCUUCGACAAAAGCAUGCGGACACUCUCGGUGUUUGCGUGGCCCUCUCUUUGCGCUGCAAGCGUCACGGCGGAUAAUAAUGAAGUCUUCAAGUCCAUAAGAAGGGCCGUCAAAUGCGCAUUUGCUCGAGAUCAAUACAAUGGAGAUGGCGAGUCCGCGGAUGAGGAUGUAAGCGAGCAAAAGCAAGGGGUUGCCGUUUUGAAGGAGGUGCUGUCGACAUACCGGCUCCUUUUUGGACAGUCCUUCCACUAAGGCUGUUUAGAAAGGAGCUGAGGCGCCAACUGAAACUCGGAAAAGACAUUGAUCCCUUUUUCACGGUA